CGGAUGCAGGACCCACGGCUGGGGGCGCGUGAGGGAUCCCUGGCCUGGCAGUCCUGGCAGCUGUCCCCACUCUAGGCAGCUGAAGCAAGCCCUGCUGCGGGAGUGAGUGAAGGGGACCACUCCCUCUCCUGCAGAGCGCCCAGUGGCAGCCCAGCUGGCUCCUCUGGGGGCCACAAGAACUGCCCCCCCCCAUGCUCUCACUCCUCCCCCUAAGACUUCCUCAGAGCCCUGCUCCAGCUCAGGGAGGGUCCCAGAGGCCUCUCUUCUCAGAGCUCCUGCAAGGUAGGGAUGCCCAGGAGGUACACGUGAGAAGACGCACCCAGGCUCAGCAGCCCCGCUCUGCCUGGUGAGCCUGCUGCUGCCUGCCCUCGGCCUGGCCGCCCCUGUGUCACCUGCUGAGCCCAUUCGCCAAGCCUACAGCUUGGCGCUGUACAUGCAAAAGAACACGUCCACACUGCUGCACACCUACCUCCAGCACCAGGGCAGCCCCUUCAGUGACCCUGGCUUCUCAGCGCCUGAGCUUCAGCUCAGCAGUCUUCCUCCUGCCGCCAUCUCCUUCAAGAUCUGGCAUGCCCUGGAUGACGGGGAGCGGCUGAGCCGUGCCCAGGAGGCCUUCUUGGCCUUGAGUCAGCACCUGCAACUGGUGGGAGACGACCAGAGCGACCUGAAUCCUAACAGCCCCGUCCUGCUGGCACAGCUCAAUGCUGCGAGACUCAGGGCGCAAGGCCUGCUGGGCAACAUGGCUACGAUCUCCACGGCCCUGGGGCUGCCAGUGCUCAAGGAAGAGGACACACUUGGGCUUGUUCCCUUCGGGGCUUCCGCCUUCGAGAGGAAAUGUCGGGGCUACGUGGUGACCCGGGAGUAUGGUCACUGGACAGACCGAGCAGUGAGGGACCUGGCUCUGCUCAAGGCCAAAUAUGCAGCCUAGAGGGACAGGACCUUGGGCCGGAGCUCAGCACUUCCUCUCUCUCACAGUGGACUCUGUCCGGCCUGGCUUCCCAGCUCAAGAGGAAGGCACACCUUGUGUGACACAAGGAGCUGUGGGAUGGGUCUUUAUGACUAUUUCCUGGGCAGUCAGGGCCUGCCUGGCCCAGAUGUAUGUGGGUCUUCAUUUUGAGACCAUUUUGCUGGUUAGUAAUCCCUUGUAAUCCUGGUUGGCAAAAUGUGCCUCCUCUGAGGCUUCCUGGGCUGUCUCCCUUCCCCUAACCCCAGUAAUCCUCAUCCUCGAAUUUUAGAGAUGUCCAGGGGAUAACUUCCUGUCUCCAUCUACCUCACUUCCUGUGUGAAGAUAGGGCUUUUCUUCUGGCUGGAGUUCUUUCUUUGGCUAGUCUACCUCUUGGCGGCCAUGGCCCCACUUUGUGCCUGCAGGGGCUUCACUUCCUGGUCUCUGGAAGUCCAAUCCCCGAUGUACCGAGGGUCCACGCCACACCUGUUUUCUGUUCUGGCCACAGACAGAUGGCCAUCCCCUCUCGAAUCUCACAGUGCCCUUUGGGACAGGUCUCAGGAACCAGACAGCCCCUCUCCCAUCCUCAAAGCCGUCUGUACAGGUAAAGUUCCCUUUGCUUUUCUCUUUAAACAUUUUAUUUACAAAAGCAUUAAUUUAUUCUCAGAAAUAAAACCCUUCUAAGGUGCCACUUUUUUUUUUUUUUGGUCACUCUUUAUAAGACCCAGGUUGGAGGUGGUGGGGUAGAGUACA